AUGAUGGAUCAAAACGUCGUCAUGUCACUGUUCCAGCCGAUUCUACGGAACGUUAAUAAACUCAGCGACUCUUUCGUCACCAUCGCCGACGAGCUGGAGACAACCGACCAAAAAUAUUGCGAGCUCAUCUCGAGGCUGUAUGUUGGAGUGGCGAGGAGCAUCACCGUCAUGGUCCAAUGCGGAACGAGAUGUCAACGUCCGAACCAGGCUACAGUUCAGGUGACCGCCACCGAGUUCAGCACCCACUGCGACGCCGAAAUGACCCAAAACCGAGAGCGACGCGGGACAAGUAUUGCAUCAGCUCAGGCCUCCCUCCUCGACACGGCGGCCACGCAGACAGCCAGCAUGGAAUUUAUCGCACUCCAAGUCGCCAGCUCGGCGUCGUUUAUGGAAGGUCUGCAACGGAAUCGCAUUCAAGCUGUUGGGCGCAGUCUGUUCUAUUUGGUGACCUCGAGCAUCACGAACGAGGCGAUGCUCUUCCCGGCGGCCACCGCCAGCUUCGAGAGCGUGCUGCAGGUGUUGGGACAGCAAUUCGUCAGGAUGACACCGGAGGAGCAGUUCCAAGUGAUGCGGCUGGUGCUGGAUGGAUUUGUGCUGUCCGGGCCGUUGGUUGAGGCCUUCACCCCAGCUUGCCUGAGCGCGCAAGAACUCUCCGAAUGCUACAGCCGGCUGAGCGAAAAGGUCGGAAACCUGGAGCAGAGCCAGAGCGCCUUCAAGCUUUUGCAACGUCUUGAAAUCGACCAAACGGCAGCUACACUCCCGGCUCAGCACUUUGCUUCGCUUAUUCCGUUGGCUUUUAAUAACGUAGCCUCUCAACCCGACCCAAACUCCGAUCUACACAAACUGUGCCUCCAACACCUCGUCACUUUCAUAUUUCACAAAUUUCCGCUCAAUUUUGUCUACGGGCUUGAUACGUCACUUGGAGGAUGCAGCACCGGCUCGGCCCCAACUCACCUCUUCGAGGUGAUCGCCGACCGGCUUGAUGCUGAGCAUUGGGAACAACCGAAAGGGGAAUUUGUCGUUAAUGGUAGCAUGUCGCUGGAAUGCUGCGUGGUGCUGACACGACGUUUGGCGGAGGCUCGGGUGCUACUUGGGGCAAAUUUCUUCUCGGUUUGGUCAAGAUACAUCAAUCCGGUCACCCGCUUGGCGCAGCUGUUCCUCAACACCGCCGUCCGCGAGACGUUCGAUGGUUCGAUCCCGGAAAGUAUACUUAUCAAAUCGCUCGUCGAUGCGUUCUCGCGAAUCGUCGCGUUGUUCUCACCACUUCUGGCCCCUCCCUCCCCUUCAGUACCUCCAUUCUCGCAGUCGCACCUCGCCGAAGCCAACAUGUGCGUCGAGCGGAUGGUGCAGCACAUCAACGCGCUUCCGUAUAAUGCUUGCUUGGCACCAGGUCAACAAAACACGCAAGCACUCACAUGGCAAUUUUUCUGCGAAAAGCUCAGCAAGAUCACGCACGGCACCGGGCCGUACUUUAGCGUAUUGGAAACAAAUUUGAUGCGAAUUCACUGGCCCUCAUUCUGGCCGACGUUGAGGGCCCUCACGGCGAUGAAUGAGGUGCUCUCCUCCCGCUCCCCAGACUGCUUCCACCUGGUCACCCAAGUGUUUGUCCGGGUCCCCUGGAUGGAUGUGCUUUCUCAAAAUGUGCCACCCGAAAUACAACCCCAGUACCUGGCCACGUUGCUCUACGUCAUCACGCGAAUCGUAGCCAAACCGGCGAAUUAUACAAAGGUCCGCGCAUCACUCUGCGAAAUUCUGAAGCAAUUGACGCCUCGUCCCGAGUGGAAGACGAUCUCACCAGAGGACUGUGAAGCGAUAUCUCGCCUGGUCAGUGAAAGUCUCCCUGCUGAUUGCCUCUCGAAUUCUACCGAUGUCCUCUCUGUCUAUCUACCACUCUGGCGCAAGAUCUGCCUCUUUUCGGUCCAGGAGAAGAAUAUCAGCAAUGAAGUGCUUGGGAAACAGCGGGCCUUCGUGCGGUCGGAGCUUCGAUUGAUGCUACGGGGAAAUGAGCAGGCAGUCCUCGUGCAUUAUAACAAUUUGAUUGCCGACUGUGACGCGAUUGCAAAGGCGCAUCGACCUAGCGACCGGAAGCCAUUUUCGACGGUCAGCCGAGAGUUGAGCGCGAUUUGGACGGAAAUUCCGGACGUCAAAACGGGAGAAACCCUCGUCAACGGACUGACCGCCUACCUGGCCGCAAACCCAACCUCCCCGCUGACGCUCCAGGUUCCGUCCACCAUCAUCGACUCAUUGUCCAUCGACCAACUGACGACAGCGUUGAAAGUGAUGGAGAAGGCCAUUCAGGCGUAUUUUAAAAGAACCGACGCGUGCUGGGCCGACCUGCUGGAGUGGUGCAUGUUCCCUGCCAAGCAGAUCCCUUCCAUAUUCCAUUAUUUAUUGACAGUUCCCAACAGCGACAACAAAGUCCAACCACUGUUGCUCACGCUCCGAGCCCUGCUUGACCACGGCGUGCACGCGGACGACCGAUUUCACGCUGUGCUCGUCUACUUAGACAGGCUAAAGCCAAAGUAUGUUGACGACGAGGCGACAGUACUUGUCCUGCUACACCGGGUACUCCAAUGGUUGUGUCCGUUGGUGGCGCGUGGAGCUUCUACAAUAACUGAACCUGUCCAGCUACUACAACGCUGGCUAUCCAAGGCCAAAAUCGAGGAGAAGCAGGGUCUCUUCUCCGGAAUUAUCACCGCCAAACGAAAUCAAUAUAGUCACAAAUUCUGCACUCUAGUCGCCGUCUUCGAGCUUUUUGUGCAGCACCAAGCUGCCAACGCCAAUCAUCCGCUACGGGUCGCCCCAAAUGAGCCGAUUAUGAAUAGUCGCAUUGGGGCCUUGCGAGAGUUGGCAGGGCAAAAGCAAAACCAACCCCUCACCUCCAUGUUCAACCUAUGUACAGUGUACUUCUCAUCCAGUGAUUAUACCUUCAAAGACGGGUCCCAGCUUCUCGACAAACUAAUGCGCGAGUGCUAUCGGGAAAAAUACAUACAGGAA